UAUUUAAGUACAAAUUAUAUAAACUUACUAAAGUAAUGUGUUUAAAUCACUCACAAGUCUUUUAGUAAUUUUUAUAUACUCCAACUUUGUGUUUUGUGAUCAUAAUUUUAGCAUUAUAAUUCGUCCUAAAAGGACAUGGAAGACACUGAGAAACGACCCCAAUUCGGGAACAGACUAUUGGAAAAUGUGGACGAGGUCUUCAAGCAUAACGCUUGGUAGGGUAUUGCGUUUUGUACGAUAUUGUAAAAAUGUUGCAUCCAAUGAAAAGUAUGAGAGUAAUUUAGAACACACAAGACACAGAAAAAAGCCCGCUGGUGGUGGCCGUUUUCUGGGAGAUAACAAACAAGUUUUUCAAUUCAACUCAUGGGACAAUGUCCAAUGGAAUGAAGAGCAAGAGAGGACGGCUGCUGAGAAAGUUGAACAGAAUUGUAUUGUUACAUUCUCUGAGGAGAGGUUGAAGGAUUUAGAAGAAAAUGCAGAUAAGCACUGGGAUGCUUUUUACAAUAUACAUCAGAAUAGGUUUUUCAAAGACAGACACUGGCUUUUCACUGAAUUUCCCGAGCUAGCACCAGAUAACACCUCAGCACCGAUACGAGUACAUCCAGAAAGUGACAAUUCAACUAAUGUUAAUGUCGAUAAUCAAAAUUUUAAGGCCGGCACAAAACGGACAAUAUUCGAAAUUGGCUGCGGAGUUGGCAACACUAUUUUCCCCAUACUACAGUACAGCCAAGAUGAAAAUUUGUUUAUUUACGGAUGUGAUUUCUCAUCGAAAGCAAUAAGUAUCAUGAAAGAAAAUGAGUUGUAUGAUACCAAGCGUUGUGAAGUGUUUGUAUUGGAUGCCACUUUGGGUGAAUGGAAAGUGCCUUUUGAGGAGAAUUCAGUUGAUAUUAUUGUAUUAAUUUUCGUUUUAUCAGCAAUUGAUCCUUCAAAGAUGCAGACAGUGGUUAAUAACAUAUACAAAUAUUUAAAACCUGGAGGUUUGGUUGUCUUCCGAGACUAUGGCAAGUAUGACUUAGCCCAGUUGCGCUUCAAAAAAGGGAGGUGUGUGUCGGACAACUUCUAUGCCCGAGGUGACAAUACACUAGUGUAUUUCUUCACACAAGAAGAAAUAUCGAACUUAUUCAAAACAGCUGGAUUUUCUGAGGAACAGAAUUUGAUUGACCGAAGACUUCAAGUCAAUAGGGGGAAGAUGUUGACUAUGUAUAGAGUUUGGAUUCAAGCAAAAUAUAGAAAACCAUUAUAGA